AGGUGGAUCACCCUUCUGUGUCUUAGGAUAAAAACGACGAAUAGAGUUUGAACGUCUUACGUACAAUUCUCUAAAGAGUUAUGACUCAGUAGGCAGCUCUCCAGAUGAUACUAGUGUUAGUAAAAUGUUCAUAAUGCCUGAGUCGUGAUUCGACGCAGUACGAAGUGACAUUUGCCUGAGUCUUCAACCUGAGCGAUACAGGAAGUUAAGCUUCUGGAGUUAAUCCUGCGGAGCCAGCACGAUGCUGACGCGGUUGUUUCGCCUGCACGGCCUCUUCGUGGCCUCUCAUCCCUGGGAGGUGAUUGUGGGGACAGUCACUCUGACCAUCUGCAUGAUGUCCAUGAACAUGUUCACAGGGAACGACCAGAUCUGUGGGUGGAACUACGAGUGCCCAAAGCUGGAGGAGGAUGUUUUAAGCAGUGACAUAAUCAUCUUAACAAUCACACGCUGCAUAGCCAUUGUAUAUAUUUAUUUCCAGUUCCAAAAUCUGCGUCAGCUUGGAUCAAAGUAUAUAUUAGGUAUUGCUGGCCUCUUCACAAUUUUCUCCAGUUUUGUGUUCAGCACUGUAGUGAUCCAUUUCUUGGAUAAAGAACUGACAGGCCUUAACGAGGCCUUGCCAUUCUUCCUGCUGCUGAUAGACCUCUCCAAGGCUUGUGCUCUGGCUAAAUUUGCCUUGAGCUCCAACUCUCAGGAUGAAGUGAGAGACAACAUUGCCCGUGGAAUGGCUAUCCUGGGACCAACAUUCACACUGGAUGCUCUUGUAGAGUGUCUAGUGAUUGGAGUUGGCACCAUGUCUGGUGUGCGACAGCUGGAAAUCAUGUGCUGCUUUGGCUGCAUGUCUGUAAUGGCAAACUACUUCGUCUUCAUGACUUUCUUCCCUGCGUGCGUCUCCCUGGUUUUGGAGCUAUCCAGAGAAAGUCGGGAGGGACGUCCCAUCUGGCAGCUCAGCCACUUCGCCCGGGUCCUGGAGGAGGAGGAGGACAACAAGCCGAACCCAGUCACACAGCGAGUGAAGAUGAUCAUGUCUCUUGGCCUGGUUCUGGUCCACGCUCACAGUCGCUGGAUUGCCGAACCUUCUUCCCAGAACUCCACGGCGGAGACCGCCCGGGUGGGUCCGGGGCUUGAUGAAAACAUGCCCAAGAGGAUCGAACCCGAGAGGCCGCUGUGGCAGUUCUAUCUCUCCAGGAUGAUCAGCAUGGACAUUGAACAGGUUAUAACUCUGGGGCUGGCCCUGCUGCUAGCUGUCAAGUACAUCUUCUUUGAGCAGACCGAGACCGAGUCCACGCUGUCUCUGAAGAACCCUAUCACAGCCCCGUCUCUAGCACAAAAGAGGGCGAAUGAUGUGUGCUGCAGGAGAGACUCUGGGAUACCCAGUUCCCCUCAAAAGACUGCGGCACAGCCCAUUCAUGUGACCAAAGAGGAGUCAGCUGAAGUAAUCCGGCCACUGCCUGUUCAGAAUGGCCCAAAGACCAAAUUUGUGUUGGGAGAUGGCGUUCCAGAGGUGUUGUCUGAGGAGAUACCUUUGGUUUCAGUAACGGAGUUACACCCGGAGCCACGCUCAGUCGAGGAGUGUCUCUCUGUAAUGAAGAACCCAGAGAAGGGCGCCAGAUUCUUGAGCGAUGCGGAGGUGAUUUCUCUGGUCAACGCAAAACAUAUCCCUUCAUACAAACUGGAAAACAUGAUGGAAACUCCAGAGCGCGGUGUAGCUAUACGCAGGCAGAUGUUGGCAACCAAACUCUCAAAGCCAACUGCACUAAAGAACCUUCCUUACAAAGACUAUGACUAUUCUCAGGUGAUGGGAACCUGCUGUGAAAAUGUGAUUGGAUUCAUGCCUGUCCCAGUAGGAGUUGCAGGGCCCCUGCAUUUGGAUGGAAAGCAGUUUCAGGUUCCUAUGGCAACAACAGAGGGUUGUCUGGUGGCCAGUACAAACCGUGGGUGCAGAGCGAUUGCACUGGGAGGAGGAGCCCGAAGUCGAAUCCUGUCGGAUGCCAUGACCCGCGGCCCUGUGGUGAGGCUGCCCUCGGCCUGCCAGGCGGCAGAGGUCAAGGCCUGGCUGGAGACCUCCGAGGGCUUCAAGUACAUUAAGGAGGUUUUUGACACCAGCAGCAGGUUUGCACGUCUGGAGAAGUUGUCGAUUGGCAUUGCAGGUCGAAACCUGUACAUUCGCUUCCAGUCCAAAACUGGAGAUGCCAUGGGGAUGAACAUGAUCUCAAAGGGCACAGAGCUGGCUCUGGCCAGACUACAGGAGGAGUUUCCCGAUCUGCAGGUCUUGGCAGUGAGUGGAAACUACUGCACUGACAAAAAACCUGCAGCUAUCAACUGGAUAGAGGGAAGAGGAAAAGCAGUAGUCUGUGAAGCAACCAUUUCUGCCAAAGUGGUCAGAGAAGUUUUGAAGACCUCCUCUGAAGCUCUGGUCGAUGUCAACAUUAACAAGAAUCUGGUUGGCUCAGCAAUGGCUGGGAGCAUUGGUGGCUUCAAUGCACAUGCUGCUAAUAUUGUAACGGCCAUUUACAUCGCCUGUGGGCAGGAUCCUGCACAGAAUGUUGGAAGUUCAAACUGCAUUACUCUCAUGGAGACGACGGGUCCAACCAAUGAAGAUCUCUACAUCAGCUGCACGAUGCCAUCUAUUGAGAUUGGAACAGUUGGUGGGGGCACAAACUUAGCCCCGCAACAGGCCUGUCUGGAGAUGUUGGGGGUACAAGGAGCUAGUCUCGUCAGUCCUGGCGAGAAUGCGCGGCAGCUGGCGAGAGUGGUGUGUGCCACAGUGCUGGCCGGAGAGCUGUCUCUCAUGGCGGCGCUGGCGGCAGGCCACCUCGUCAAGAGUCACAUGACUCACAACAGGUCAAAGCUCAACUUGCGGGAAACUCCGGGAGCGUGCACCAAGAAGGCAGCCUGAAGAGGACGGGUCCCAGCGAGUGGCACGGAUACGACUGAGCCGAGAGAGCUGGGUGGGAUGAGCAGCAGAGGCCUUCUUGUCGGCUCACCUAAGCUGCAUCAACAUCCCCACGCUCCUCUCAUGGGCUGUAAGGAUUGUAAAUAAAAAACCCGAAAUCCUCGCCAGCUGCCCCUUUUGAUUCCAGCAAGACAGUGUUCGACGUUGUGGCUUUCUCAGUCUUUGGAGAACUUUUGUAAUCUGUAAAUGUUUUUAGCAAACAUCAACAGACUAAAAAUAGCCCCUGGACUGCCAAAACAUGAUCAAUGUGUUUGAAGUUGGAUUUUUUUUUAUGUGAUUGUCAAAAUUUUGUGUGGUGUGAACAAGGUCUAAACUGUGGAAUAUAAAAAUUACAUCUAUUAUUUUGUUAUUUUUAUGAUCCAGUUAGAAGUGACAAACCUCCUAUGUUGCUGACUUCUUUGCUGCUGUAUUGUGGAGCUGAGCAGGCAGUCAUAUUGCUGUGUGGUGUAAGAUAACUGCUGACCAGUGAACUAGGGCUCAGUAUGCUACUGUACUGUAUAUCUCUAGGCACGGGGACUGUAUUAGUGAUGUGGUGCAACGUGCUUUAAAAUUGAUAUUAUUGAUAACUAAAGCUGAGGGAUAUUCACUACUAUAUUACUAGCAAGGAUGAAACUUGUGGGCAAAGGGAUGUUUUUGUUAUUUUAUUGUUGGCUCAUUUUGAAGUAAGUUAUCAUCAAUGCACAAGUCUUCCCUGUCACAUUUCCUGUAGUGUUCUGUAAAAGUACAGAAAGGGGAAUUAGCAGUUGUACUCUGUUAAUGCUCUGAAUAAAUCACAAUUUGCCAAGAUUCUGUUUAUAUCAGUGAAAUGCAAUGCAGAUACUGGUAGCAACUUUAAUUACAUUUUCAGUUGAGUGUAUCAGUUUUCUGACCUAACAUUCAAAAUGAAUGUAUUUUUUUAUUACCUUGAUAAACAGCAUUCAGAUCUAAUUGUAAGGGAUAUUUUUUCAAUGGAAAGCUGAUGCAUUUAAGCACAAAUACUUAAACAAGGUGCUAAAAUAACAAACGUUACAUGGUAUUGGAUCCUGCCACUACUUGCAACUUGCAGUUUUCUUCUUUGUACAGCCUCAUACCUGUUUUUACUGCUGUCAAAAAUGGGUACUUAAUAGGCUUUGCUUUUGAUGCGUGCACCUUAAAAGCUGUUUUGCGGUCUUCAGCUACAACGGUCAAGUCACUGGAGAGACCACAUUGAGUUCUCAAUUGUUGUAAGUAACAUCUCCAUCAAUGCUGCCAAAUGCUUCAUAGUAGCAGCAGUUGGGAAGGUUGUGUUACUAUUUGCACAUACUGUUUAUAAAUGACGCAACAUAAUGGCUGCAUCUGGACGUGUGCAGGUCAUGUGGGGGGAAAAAAUGACAUCACUAAAUAUGUUCUCACAGUCUAUUUCAUAGUUUUAUAUUCACAUCAUGUAUAUUUUGUAAGUUUUUGCAAUAAAUAAUAUAUAAUUUCUGCAUUGUAUUUAAUGGGAUCAUUUUCACAGCUGAAAUAAAAUAGUUGAAAAAAA